AUGAUAUUGGCUAUUUUAUACAGUAGCAUUUGGUUGUGCAAUACAAUCUACGAAAUGAUGCUUGGAAUUGAGUACAAUAUUUAUAUGAUAGAGACAGCUAUUUUAUCAUGGUAUCGAGUUGGGGAUUGUUCUAUGUUUCCUCAUAUUCCAAUAUCUACAAAAAUCUAGACAAUCUAUAAGCUACCUGAUUCCAAUUCUUCUAUUAUCCCUCAAUAUUUCAAGUAACCAUUAAAUUUAAUAUAGUUAUUAACUAAGAAAUGAAUAAUGAAAAACUAUUUUUAUUUUUGCUUCCACCAUUAUUAUACGACCAUUUAAAUAAGGAUGAAACAAAGAAAUCUUAUUUUAUCAUUUUCAAAUCUCUUCAUCUCAUCAUAAUGGGUAUUUGGAAGGUGUUAGAUAAUGUGAAUAAAGGUUAACCAAUAAUAAUAACAUUUAUAUUAUUAUUGUUUACAUUCUAUCUGUAAAAAUAAUAUGAUCAACAAAUCAAAAGAAAUGAAGGGGGUCUUGAAGACACCAUAAAUAUCAAAACUAUAACAGAAACAGAUCGAAUAUGGGAAUCAUAAAAUAGUCUUGUAAGUAUAAUCAAAUUAGAUGGUAAAUUAAAUAUGAUGAUGAGUAAUACAAGAGCAUAAGAUUUAUUGAAAAACAUAAAUAUUUAGGAACUCUUAAAUAGUCCUUUAUUAUCAGUGGACAGGUAGACCAAAUUAUUAAUGCAGGAGUAAUUCAGUUGUAAAUUUCCAUCCAUUCAAGAUUUAAAAGAAGUAUAACAACAUUAUUCAUUAAAUGAAUUACUGGACUAACUCUAGUAAUUACAGAAAUUCCCUUAUGAAUUUGAAGUUUUCAACAUAAGAGGAUAUAAUGAUCUUCAUUUAAAAGUGUUUUAUUUUGAACCAAAGUCUUUUACAAUAUUGUUACAAAAUAUGGAAGAAUACAAUUUAUAAAUUAAGAAAGUAUUUACCCAAACUACUAUGCAACAAUUAUUUAAAAGUUUUAGCCAUGAAUACAAUACAUCUUUAAAUUAUAUAUUAGCAUUAGCAUAGGUAGCUGAAUGUCAUGAAGAAGUACCACCAAAUAUCAAAGAAUAAUUCUUUAAACCUAUAUUGGUUAAUGGGAAAGUUAUGCAUAGUAUGGUUUUAGAUAUGAUGGAUUAUAAUAGUAUUUUAGGAAAGACAUUCAGUUUAUAAGUGGCAGUUUUCAAUAUUUAAGAAUUAAUAUUGGAAGUUAUUUCACUUUUUAAAGAUUAAAUAUCCAAAAAGAAUCUAGAAAUCAAAAUUGAAUUCAAUUCUAAAAUAACAUAGAUUCUAUCUGAUCGAAAUAGAAUUAAACAAAUUUUGAUUAAUUUAGUAUCAAAUGCAUAAAAGUUUACACUUUAAGGAUCAAUAUCCCUAAAAGUUGAAACCUCUUUUUCUAAUAAGAAUUAACCAUGUGUAGUUUUCCAUGUUGAAGAUACUGGUAUAGGAAUGACAAAAUCAGAAUAAGAUCGAUUGACAUUAUUAUUAUAAUAAGGAGUGCCUUCAAUAUAAAAAAUAUCAAAAAAUACAGCUGGAUUUGGAUUAGGACUCUUUAUCAGUAAUAAAAUAGCAGAAGCUUUAUCAUAAUAGAGAUUCGAAAAAGGAGGUGGACUCAGAUUCGAAACAUAAACAGGAAAAGGAUUUCAUUGUUGGUUUUCUGUGUAUCCAUAAACUGUUAGUCCUAGUGUUAAACCCAACAAUCCAAAAAGUCCAUUGAUAAUGCUUAAUAAAAAGAUUAUUAUAGAUACAAGAUAAACUGAGGUUAAUGCUGGGAUAGAGACAUACAAAAGAGGACUUAUGAGAUCCAAAUUCUCUCAUCUAUUGGGUUGUAAUGGAUAGAUAAAUGAUGGAAAUCAAAUAAGAUAAAGAAGACCACAUAGUUAAAUACGUUUUGUAUAAGAACUUAUUGAUGCUGUAUCAAUGGAUACAAUUAAUAAUGAAUGUUCAGUAGAAGAUUAUUAAACAAGAGUCAAAUAUAUUAAAUCUUAAUAAUAUUAAUAAUAAUAAUAAUCAUUUUUAUUGAGAAGCAAUUAAUCAUUAGUUGAAUGUCGUUGUCCCAAUAUUCUUAUAGUAGAUGAUGAAUAGAUUAAUAUAUUAGCAUUAUCAAUUUUAUUAGAAUAGCUUGGUUUAAGUUCUGAUUAAGUUUUUAAUGGACAGGAAUGUGUUGAUUUGAUAUACUAAAGAUAAAAGAAAAGUAUUGAUAAAAUACAUAUUAUUAGCAUAUUGUGCGAAAUGUAGUGAUAAAUAGUACUAAUUAAUAUUUAUGGAUAUCAACAUGCCUCUUCUUGAUGGAUGGGAAGCAUCAAGGUAAAUUAAAAAACGGUUUUCAAUUGCCAUAAUAGCUUGUACUGCUUUUACUGAUAAUGAAACAAAAGAAUAAUGUUAUCAAAAUGGAAUAGAUUAUUAUUUAUCUAAACCAGUAAAAAAGGAAUCACUAAUUUAAGUGUUGCAAUAUUACCGUAUACUUUGA